AUGAAAUAAUCACUAAUAAGAUAACGAAGAGGAUCAUUUGAUUCAUAGAUUUUCUCAUCUUUAUUACAAUCCAAUUUUAUAACUGGUGAUAAGAAGAAAUUGAUAGAUGAUGAAAUUAUCAAUUAUUAAAUAGAUGAUGAGUUUGAGAUGAUAGAAAAAUGUAUUGUCUUUCAUAAAUUAGAACCAAAAAAUAUACCUCUACCUUUGUUUAAUAAUGAUUAAUUACACAAAAUCUCUAAAAACCAAUUCCUGGGUGAAAAUUAAAAGUUACAAUUAGCAGCCACCUUAAUAUAAUAAAGAGGUAUUCCCUACUUAAAACGCAAAGCAAUAUGGAUGACCUUUAUAGAAAAAGGUGAUGCUAAAACCUACUUCUCUAAAAAACCCCCCUAUUUAGUUGAAGACUAAAUCAAUAAAGACGUUCCUAGAACUGGUUAUGAUGAUAAAAUGAAUACCAAAAAAUAUACCACUCUUUUAUACCGAAUUCUAUGUGCAUAUGCAAUUUAUAAUCCUAAAAUAGGAUAUACAUAAGGGAUGAAUAUCAUUUGUGGAAAGAUAAUACUAUUGUUAAGUAUAGAUGGAAAUGAUAAAUAAUUGGAAGAGGACGAUUUUGAAGUCUUUGAAGAUGAAGAAGAAAUGUUUUGGAUGUUUGUUCACUUAAUGAAAUCAAUGCAAGACUUAUUUAUUUAAGAUGUACCUGGGAUAUAAAGAAGAAUUUAAUAGUUGGAAUAAAUGCUACAAAGUAGAUGUAAUGAAAUUAUUGUGCAUUUAUAAUGUAACAAUAUUGUAUUACUAUAUUCUUUUAUUUUAGGAAAACUUAUGUUAAUGUUUUAGUCAGUAUUAUUUUACUCUAUUAAUGUAAAGACAGGAGAAAAAGUUUGCAAGGUUAAUAUUAGAGAUGUUCCUAUUGUUUGGAGAAGCAUUUAUAUAAAAUUUUAUAGUUGGAGUUUUAGAGUUUUAUUCAAUGAAAAUAACAAGAAUGAAUGA